CACAUCUGUUUCCUCAUCAGUAAACUCGAUCAGCUCUCGAAGAUGGACGGGAGGGACUCAUCGGAUGGAACAACGUUGUCGAACACCGACAAUGGUGUUAUCGAAUCGCUGCUGGGGGCUGAAUUUGAGGUGUUCUUAAAUUUCAGAGGGCCUGACACUCGCCUAAGUUUUGCUGACUGCCUCUAUCACUCCAUGGACGGAGCUGGGAUUCGUGUUUUCAGGGACGAGGAAGAGAUCAGAAAAGGCGAUGCAAUCGGAGACGAACUUGAGCGCGUGAUCAAGAGCUCCACAAUCUGUAUACCCAUCUUCUCUAGAAACUAUGCGUCUAGUGCAUGGUGCCUUCGUGAGCUUGCAUACAUGGUGGAAUGCUCGAGAAACAGCAACGGCAAAGCGAUGAUUCUGCCGAUUUUCUUUGAUGUGGAUCCUGACGAUGUCAAGCUUAAAACGGGGUUGUACUACGAUGAUUUGCAGAAGCACGAGCACAAAUUUGGCUGCGAUCUAGUGGAUCAAUGGAAGGAGGCGUUGAGGGAGGUCGCUCAUAUCAAAGGAUGGCAUCUCAAAGACAGAGGCCAAGGUGAAAUCAUUAGAUUACUCGUCACCGAAGUUUUGAUCAAGCUGAAUAAAAGAGACAAAAAUCUGCCUGAUCAUUUAGUCGGAAUUCAAGAUAGUGUUAAAGACGUCUUGCGCCUGUUAGAUGAAGGUUCUCCUGAUGUACAUUAUCUAGUAAUUCACGGUAUGGGAGGCAUCGGUAAGACAACUCUUGCCAAGGUUGUCUUUAAUCAAAUUUCUAGUCGGUUUCAUGGGUGUAGCUUUCUUUCGGAUGUUCGAGAAGCUUCAAAGGGCGGCAAAGUUGUUCAAUUGCAAAAACAAUUAUUGUCAGAAAUUCUCAACUUUAAACCAGUGGAAAUUUCUGACUCCGAUGCAGGGAUUAACCAAAUUAAAAGGAGAUUUCGUGACAAAAAAGUUCUCAUUGUUCUUGAUGACCUAGAUAAGUGGGACCAACUCUCAAAAUUUGCAGAAAAGCGUGAUUGGUUUGGUCUAGGGAGCAGAAUUAUUAUUACAACGAGGGACACCAACUUUUUGCCGAUCGAAGAGCAGAACCGAGAAAAUUAUGUCCAAACGCAUAUCCAAGAAUUUAAAAUCUAUCAAAUGAGAGAAAUGCACCAUGACAGUGCUUUUCAGCUUUUUAGUAAGCAUGCUUUCAGAAGGGAUUCCCCUCUACAUGGCUACUAUGAUAUUUCUCGUGAAAUUAUUCGCAAAGCUGGUGGACUUCCUUUAGCUCUCGAGGUUAUCGGUUCCUCUCUUUAUUGUAAGAGUAAAGGACUUUGGAAAGAUACAUUGAAGAAAUUAGACUUAGCUCCCAAUCAAGAUGUCCUUGACAAAUUAAAGAUUAGUUUUGAAAUGCUAGAGGAUGCGCAAAGAGAAAUCUUUCUUGAUAUUGCAUGUUACUUUAUUGGUGAAGAAAGAACCCAUCCACAUUAUAUGUGGAAAGCGUUGGAUUUUUUCCCAAGAAGUGAUAUCAUUAUCCUUACCCGGAUGUCUUUGAUAAAGAUUGUUGAUGAUAGACUCUUGAUGCAUCACCUGCUCAGAGAUCUUGGAAGAGAAAUUAUUCGACAAGAAGACCCCAAAGUCCCCGAGAAGCGUAGUAGAUUAUGGUGUCCCAAGAUUGCGUUACAUGUGGUGGAGACUAGAAAGGGAACAGAUAACAUUAUAGCACUCAAACUAACUGGACUUUCCAAAGAGCACAACUUUACAAGUGAAGAUUUUUCGAGGCUGCCUAGCUUAAGGUUCUUGGAAUUAGAGGGGGGUAAUUUGGCAGGAGACUUUAAGAAUCUUCUGUUACGUUUAAAAUGGCUUUCUUGGCAUCGUUGCCCUUCAGACUUGCAGGCGGUCAAUCUAUGUUUAUGGAACUUAGUCGUUCUCAAAUUUUCAGACAGUAACAUUCCAGAGGACUGGAAUGGAUGGGGCCCAUGCUUGGCGAAUCGUGACUUGAAAGUUAUACAUCUCACAAGAUGCCAUCUCUCGACAACUCCUGACUUCUCAACGUGCUUGAAUUUGAAGAUACUAGUUGUUAAUGAACAUUGUCCAAAGUCACUACAAAUUGGUAGCUCUAUCCGUAAGCUAGAGCGCUUGAAGCACUUGGAAAUAAUUGCAAGCCAAUUUCAACUGUCAAAGUUGUCUGCAAGCCUCCAUUUUGAUUUGUUCGCAGUGCCUUCUGCAAUAUGCGGUCUAAAGUACCUAUCAAGUCUGAAGCUAGAGGGGCAGUGUAUGCGAGAGCUUCAUCCAUCUAUUGGAGAGAUGGCGGGCUUGACAAGCUUGUCUUUAAGGGGUUGUUAUCGGCUUAGAAAGCUUCCAGACUCCAUUGGAAAAUUGAGAUCAUUGCUUGUAUUGAAUUUGUUCGACACCAGGAUUACAGAGUUACCUGAUUCUAUUGGAGAUCUCAAAAGGCUGGAGAAAAUGAACUUGGGAUUCACACAAAUAAGGGAGCUGCCAAACUCCAUUGGAGGACUACAAUCAUUGCUUGAGUUACAUUUGCAGGGUACAAAAAUUACAGAACUGCCUGCUUCUAUUGGAUAUCUUAAGAGGCUUGAGUGCUUAGUUCUAGCUGAGAGUGAGAUAAGAGAGUUACCGAAGGCCAUAGGAAUGCUGGAGAAUCUUAAAGUGUUGAAAUCUGGCGGUUGUAGCAAUCUUGAGGGGGAAAUCCCAAGCGAAAUUGGGCUAGUAUCCUUUUUGGAGGAGCUAGACUUAUCAGGUAGCAAGGUGAGCAGAGUGCCAACCACCAUUAAUCAACUAUCUUAUCUACGAGAACUUCGUUUGGGAGAUAACCGUAAGCUUGAAAGGUUGCCGGAACUUCCUGCCAGCCUAAAACAUUUAUAUUUCGUAGCGGAGUCUGUGCUUGGCACCCUGGGACAAACUUCAUCGAAGUGGAUGGGGGAGUCAGCAAAAGGGGAGGAGUGGAAUCUAAGUACAGAUAUCACAUGGCCUCCUCAGCUUUGGUCACUUCGCAUAUCUUGUGACGAUCCUCGAUUUCUCACAAGGCUUCCUUUUAGUCUUUGUCGUUUGGAAUUAGGAGAUGUCAAGUCACCACUAGAACAGCCAUUCUUUUCCAACUUGAGAUAUUUGAGAUAUUUGUCUGAGUUAACACUCUUUAGAUGUUGGUUGAGAGAGAUUGAGUUUGAACAGCUAGAGAGUCUCCAGAAUUUAACAGUGGCAGAAUGUGAAUUGCUGGUGAGGCUAUCGGGUCUAUCAAGCUUAGGGAAGCUCAAAGAGCUGACAGUGUGGAAUUGCUCGCAGCUACUCGAGAUUCAAGAUUUGGGAGAAUUGAAAUCACUGAAGGAAUUAUUAAUUAAGAGUUGUAGCUCCAUAGAAAGGUUACCUGAUCUAUCAAAACUAGUUAAGUUGGAGACAUUGCGACUCUUUCACUGUGAAUCAUUGCAAGGUUUGCCUGAUAUACCCAAGACAUGUCAUCCCUAUGUUCAUCGAUGCCCAAUGUUAAGCGAGUCUGUUGACAACUACAAAGCUUGUGAAGAAUGUAGGAAAUCAAACAUGGAUGUGGAUAGCGUGUGAGGAAUUGGAACAAUUGGAAGCAUCAUGCAAAAACUAACAAGUUUGUAAGACGUUCCCUUUAGGGUUUUGUAUUCGAUAGUCCAUUUUGAAUACCUAUCCAAAUGAAAUAGAGGAGCAGUAGUCCUUUAACAACAAGCAGAAAGCUCUUGUGACAGUAUAUUUUCCUUGUUUUUUAACAAAUAGUCCAUUUUAAGGCUGUCUACUCUGUGCUUAAUUUACAUAUAUAAAGAUACUUGUUUACUUUGCAAAUAGAGAGGAAAUGUGCAGAAGACAAUUGUCUGCACUUUGCACGCAUAUGUAAAUUAUUUCAUUGUUCUCUUUCAUGUCUAUAAUAUAUGUUUUGGACACAUGCUCGUUUUUCUAGUGAGAAUAUUCUCCUUGGUUAACAUGCUCAUAUUGUUGAAGUCGUAUGAUUAAUCACCUCUUGACUGCCUUUAUGCAACCAUCCUAAUGUUUUUUCCCUUUUCUAUUCGUAAAUCAAUAGGUCGUCUGAAGAUACAACUUGGCAUCCUGUUUGGAAAGAGGAGUUUGACUCCUUUUCUUCGGAAGGCAAUUACUUGUGGAUAUGGCACAAUUCGUCCUUGGAUGUCUUAGCUCAUAGGUUGAUUCGGCACUUUGACCUGAACAAGUUCAGACCAAAUGAAGUCAAAUGGGUGAAGAUCAGUUUGGCUUAUGAGGAUUAAGUGGCGACCAAUCAAAUUAUAAGGCUGGCAUUUUGGGGUCGAUCAAGUUCUGGUUGAUGCCAUGGUUGGGCUAUCACUUUUGCGUAAUGAUUUUUUUUUGGGAAAAGUGUGAAAAAUCCGAAACCCAUUGUAUUGAUGUCAAUAUAGUCUUAAACUUUUUAAUUAUGCUAA